UGUUUUGCUAUUUUGAUAAAAUUCUCAAAAACUAUUUCUGUAUCAAAAUAAGAGAAGGAAUUGAGUAAAAGAUACAACAAAGGGGCUUGAGGAAUCACUUUAAAAGGUUCAGAUUAGGAGGUUUCUCUAUGUUUCCCCCAGUUUCUCUGACAACAGAAUCAGAGCAGGGAACUUUGAGAUAUUCAGAGUUAAGAAACUGUAGAGAUCGCCUGGGCCAACCCCUAGUUUUUAUAGAGAGGGGGUCCAGAUUGCUAAGCUGUUUGCUUUAGCCCAUUGGUGACUGAGCCAGGUUUGGACCGAUACGGGCUUACUGGAUCUUAGGCCACCACACUGCAUUCCCUGCAUUCAUGCAGGAACGAAUUUCAUAUACACCUCCAGAGAGCCCGGUGACGAGUUACGCUUCCUCGACUCCACUUCAUGUUCCAGUGCCUCGAGCGCUCAGGAUGGAGGAAGACUCGACCCGCCUGCCAGCGCACCUGCGCUUGCAGCCAAUUUACUGGAGCAGGGAUGACGUAGCCCAGUGGCUCAAGUGGGCUGAAAAUGAGUUUUCUUUAAGGCCAAUUGACAGCAACACGUUUGAAAUGAAUGGCAAAGCUCUCCUGCUGCUGACCAAAGAGGACUUUCGCUAUCGAUCUCCUCAUUCAGGAGAUGUGCUCUAUGAACUCCUUCAGCAUAUCCUGAAGCAGAGGAAACCUCGGAUUCUUUUCUCACCAUUCUUCCACCCCGGAAACUCUAUACACACCCAGCCAGAGGUCAUACUGCAUCAGAACCACGAAGAAGAGAACUGCAUCCAGAGGACCCCCAGGCCCUCCGUGGAGAAUGUGCACCAUAACCCUCCCACCAUUGAACUGUUGCACCGCUCUCGGUCUCCCAUCACUGCCAACCACCGGCCAUCUCCCGACCCUGAGCAGCGGCCUCUCCGGUCCCCUCUGGACAACAUGAUGCGCCGCCUCUCCCCAGCUGAGAGGGCCCAGGGACCGAGGCUGCACCAGGAGAACAACCACCAGGAGCCCUACCCCCUCUCAGUGUCUCCCAUGGAGAAUAAUCACUGCCCACCAUCCUCCGACCCCCACCCGAAGCCAUCUAGCCCCCGGCAGGAGAACACCCGCGUGAUCCAGCUGAUGCCCAGCCCCAUCAUGCACCCCCUGAUCCUGAACCCCCGGCACUCCAUGGAUUUCAAACAGUCCAGGAUCUCCGAGGACGGGCUACACAGGGAAGGGAAGCCCAUCAACCUGUCUCAUCGGGAAGACAUGGCUUAUGUGAACCACAUCAUGGUCUCCGUCUCUCCGCCUGAAGAGCACGCCAUGCCCAUUGGGAGGAUAGCAGACUGUCGAUUGCUUUGGGAUUACGUCUAUCAGUUGCUUUCCGACAGCCGGUACGAAAACUUCAUCCGAUGGGAGGACAAAGAAUCCAAAAUAUUCCGGAUAGUGGAUCCCAAUGGACUGGCUCGACUGUGGGGAAACCAUAAGAACAGAACAAACAUGACCUAUGAGAAAAUGUCCAGAGCCCUACGCCACUACUACAAACUAAACAUAAUCAGGAAGGAGCCAGGACAAAGGCUUUUGUUCAGGUUUAUGAAAACCCCAGAUGAAAUAAUGAGUGGCCGAACAGACCGUCUGGAGCACCUCGAGUCCCAGGAGCUGGAUGAACAAAUAUACCAAGAAGAUGAGUGCUGAAGGGACCAACACUCCACCUCAGCGGGCCAGCGGCCAGGGGACCCUCGCCCACCAGGACUGCUGGAGGCAUGACAGGGCAGGCCGGCUGAGGCAAGCUGGAAAGGAGGAGACCCAGAAAUGGCAGGGACACUUCUCUUGCAGACCAAGAGGGACCCCAGAGCACCUUAGACAAACCACCCAGCAAAGGCGGGGCUGGAAUUCUGGCGGAGGGCACGAGCCUGGGACUCACAUGUCACAUUUCCUUCUUGUUUGGAAUCUCUCCAUCUGUAACUCCUCACUCUCACCCUCCUACGACUGUCCAUGGAGUCUUUUUGGUUUUUUUUGUUUUGUUUUGUUUUUUUAAGAAUAUGCAGUUUGACUUUUCAUCAUUCAUAGAGGGGAAGACAUCUGAUGUUUUCCUAUGGAAAUAUAUAUCAUAUAUAUAUAUAUAUAUUUUCUUUUUUUUUUUUUUGCAAAUCUCACAAAGUAUAGUGUGGAUCAGGUUUGUUCCUGUUACUGUUGGGUCUUAGCUUAGGAAAAAAAGAAAAUGCUUUUUAAGAAGAGCGAGUGAAAGCUCUCUUUCUCCCUCCUGCUCUGUUCUUGCUCCCCUCGGUCCACCCUCCCUGCCUGCUGUGGCGCUUCAGAUGCCUUUCAGCAGAGUUUAGCCUCUCAGAGAGUGUCAGGGAUAGUAGACACCUAAACAGAAUUGGUGACCCAGGGGCUUUGUGGCCAGCAGCACAAAAUCAAGCCCACAUCCCAGCAUUUGGUCACCCAUCUGAGGGAGGCCAGAAACAUCACUGAUGCUGCUGUAUUCCGGAAAGAUGUGCUAACCGAGCCCUUGGUCCCUGAAAUGGCCGUGAGAACCCCGCAGCUGGGGCAGAGGAUAAGGGAUGUGGAAGGCCAUGGAAGGCUGUCCAAGUUCUUUGGAAGGUCCCAGAAGCUUGGGAGUAGCUUGCAAGGGCUACAAAGUGGAAAAUAUGAAAAGACCACAUAGGCCUGGCAAGCCAGAAGCUGGGUAAAAACACUCUGCAGUGGGAUGGGGGGGAUUAUUUUUCCAAAGCAGGUUAUUGAGACUAGUGAGAAAGAAAAACUCCUCUCUGCUCCAUUCCAAAGGCCAUCUUGGUGGUCAGCUUCAUGCCUCAGCUGAUUUUGUUUUGUUUUGUUUUUCCUAGCCCUUUUUAAAAGCUUCCUGAUCCCCUCCUGGAUACAGAGCAUUUGAGAGGAAGGAUCCCAGAACACAGUCUCAGUUGCAACCAGUGUUUGCCCAGCUUGGGCAGACAGGAAAUUGCUCAGAUACAUUUUUUUUUCCUUCUUUCAUAGCUGUGUUUCAGAAAGGACCCAUUUGUGGCUCUUUUUCACCUCAAAAUAAGGUCGAUAGUAUCUCGUAAAAUGAGGGUAGUGCCAUUCCUUAGUACUUUUGAUGAUAACAGGUAUUUUUAGAAAGCUGUUUUAGAUUUUUUUUUUUUUCCUUUUCUAGCCAUGCUAAUUGACUCUUCCAAUAUUGGUCCAGAAAUCCAACAUUCAGGGUGCAGUCUUCAGAAGAUUAGGCCUGCCUUGCAAUGCACCCUCUCUUUGUCCCCCCUUUCCUCCAGUUGUGGUGGCGAUUCACAGCUCCUCAGGGCCACUCAUGUGCCACCCACAGCAGUUCCCAGGAGAAGCUGCCAAACACCCCCAGGCUUCUCCUCUGGCCUUUUCUGAGUCAGGCACUUAGAGGUUGGGGACACACAGGCAGGAGGAAUAUUUUCCCUUUGCCCUACUGACAAGGACACCAGCCCAGGGGACAAAAAUACAACCAUAGUUCAGGGACAGUGGAACUGAGGAGCUACCCAGGGCUCUCCAGCCUGGCUCUGUCCCUGCCUCUCACUGGAGCACAGGUGGGCACACAGGGUGGCCUCCUGUCACACGCUUCUCCCAUUCUACCUUCAGGGAGGUCAGGGACCUUCUGCGUGUCUCUUUGUGAAGGGUUUGGUCUCAAGCUGCUUGAAGGAUGCUGAAACUGGUCUGGAUCUCAGCAUACCACAGACAUCUUUCCGGAGUGUUGAGUUAAGAGUCAGUGAUAGAUUUUUUUAGCCUCUGAGAUGACUGAUACUGCAUCUUAAUUGGAGAAAUUAAGCUAAGUACCUGGUGUGUUCUGAAGCUGUAGACUGUAAGAACUAAAGAGAAAGGGUGGAUUCCUACUGCAGCCUUUUGUAGUAAUAUGAAAUCAGAGACAGGGCAUGAUGUUGCUAAGAUUAGGACAUCUCCUUCUGCUCACUUUACCCAAAUAUGAGAACUCAGUUUCUUACUGUUCAAAGAACCUUACAGUCUAAUUAUGGAGAGAAAUUCCCUUCUGCCUCAAGGAUUUCUGUAUUUAAAGCAAUAUCCAGUGAGAAUAUGUAAGGCGUAGGAUGACACCUUCAACUACUUGAAGACAAACUAGAAGGUACUAAGUCCAGCAUAGUCAUUAUACAGGUUGAGCAUCCCUAAUCAAAAAAUUCAAAAUCUAAAAUUUUUUGAGCACCACCACCAUGAUAUCCCGAGUGGGAAAUUACACAUCUUUGCACUCUGAUGGUUUCAGUGUAUACAAAUUUUGUUUCCUACACAAAAUCAUUUAAAAUACUGUAUAAAAUUACUUUGAGGCUAGAUGUAUAAGGUGCAUAUGAAACAUGUUAUGAAUGAAUUUCCUAUUUUGACUUGGGUCCCAUCCCCAAGAUAUCUCAUUAUUUAUAUGCAAAUAUUCCAAAAUCUAAAACACUUCUGGUCCCAAGCAUUUGGAUAAAGGAUGCUCAAUCUGUAUCACUAAUAAUGAUUUCGUGGAUUCCCACAAUUGCAAAAGUUCUCAUUUGUCCUUUGAGAGAAGACCUGGGCAGAGCCGACACUGGGUGUGUAAUAUUUACACACUGUAGACUGAGUGAAUAGACACACUGUAGAUGUUGAAAUUUCAGACUCAAUUUAGCAAACCUUGAUGAAGCACCCACUAAAGCCUGUGAGAGUUCCAGAGAUCCUUUAGGCAUAAUCCCUGCCCUCAGGGGGUUUAUAUUAUACCUGCAGAACCCAUCCAGUAUGAAAUUUCUCAGUUCAACACUAAGUACAGGUCAUUACGACAGUUUUAAGAUACACAAAAAUGCACGUGGAUGGAAACAAAUGAAACCCUCCCUGCAACACCAAUAUGCUGAACAAGUUGUACAAGUGAAUCAUGAAAGAUGCUGUUAACUGUGUUUCUUGGAAGCAAAAUAAUGGAUCGUAAAACAGACUCUCAAAAUUUUCAUAGUGACCCAUGUACUAGGGGUGAUGAAAAUUUCACUAGGGCUCAAACUAAAAGCUCGUCUGUCAUCUGAAUAGUUGGUCUUUCCCUGGAGCAUGCAAAAAAGCCCUGCUGUGUGGGGCAGUCUCACUUGUGUCUUGAAAUUCUCUUCCCUGCAUUUGAGAUAGCCAGGCUCUACAUCAAAAGAAAGCAGUGGUGAUUGGCUGGACUGGUUAUGUGGAGAUCUUACCUCUAAGAUCUUACAGAUCUUGUCUAAGGCAGCAUCACCAAUAUCCCAGACCCUUUCGGAAGAUCCCCAUAGGAAAAGAGGAAUAAGAGAACAAUAGGUUUUCUCCUUUCAACAGUGUGUGUGGAACCCUCUGAUCUUUUGACACUGACACAUUGAUUUGAGAAUGUCCCUUUAGUGGGAAUUUAAAUGACCAUCACAGACUUUACCAACCGGUUCUACCUGUUACUGCCUAGGACGCAAGUAAAAAAUACAUUUUUGGAACAGUAACUCCCUUUUGCAGAAGGAAACCUAAGUAUCAGGGAGGUCAUGUGGCUUAUCCUAGGAGCAGACAGCAUGCCAGGGACAGAGCUAGGAUCAGGAUCCGGCUUGGCUAUGCCCCGAUUUGACCCAUUCCCCCCACAAAACAAAAGAUGAAAGUUUGGGAAAACAUCUGGAACAAUGGGCAGUUUUCUUUGCCCGAGCAUUCGGUGCUAGUUAGAAGCUAUUCACUCAGUCAACCUUCUCUUCUGAGCAGAAACCCGGAAUAAAGGGACUGGUACAAGGAAGUCAGUGGGGAGGGAGGAGGCAGAGGACACAGUAAUCCCUGCCUGUCUAAAACCUCAGAAGACUAACCUGAUACUCUUUCGGCCCCGUCUGCAACAACACUAAACAACUGCAAACUCCCUGAAUCUUUCACACAUGCCAAGUGACCGUUCUUGAAGAUUUCUCUUUGUGACUUCAGCCACCUGCAAACCAGAACCAAUCUAGUUUUUCUUUUUUUCUUUUUUUUUUUUUUUGUUUUGUUUUGUUUAGUUUCUAAUCUCUUGUUUAUGAGGUGUGGGGUUCAUAAGGGACUGAAUCAAAUGAAUGUAACUAUAAAGAAAAAAAACAAAAAAAAAAAAGCCUUUUCUCAGGGCCAGUGAGUUGCAAAUAAUUUUUAAAGAAAAGCCUAUAAUUACAUCAUCUCAAU